UUCAGUAUCCACCAUCAAUACGAGAUUUUCUCUUUUCGAGGCACAGGCCUAGGCAUCAUGCAGCAUGGAGAAUUUUAAAACGGAUGAGUUAAGCUUCUGGUACGUAAAUGAGUCAUGAAGGUACAUAUAUAUUUGAUUAGCGGCUGACAUACUCCUGCAACAUUCGUCAACAUUCGAAUUUGAUCGAGAUAAUUCAACAAAGUAGGUAAAGAUUUUUUGCAAAGAUGGUGAAAGAACAGUUCAAGGAAACUGCAGUCGACAAGAAAAUAGGAUGUAUACAUUUUGGAAUAAUGUCACCAGAUCAAAUGCAAAAGCAGGCCAAUGUCCACUGUGUUGCAAAAAAUUUAUACAACCAGGAUGUCAAUAGAACACCUUUGUCUUUUGGUGUACUAGACAAAAAACUGGGUACCAGUACAAAAAGCAACCAAUGUGAUACAUGUGGCAAAGGGCUGGCUGAAUGUGUUGGACACUAUGGCUAUAUAGACCUGCAGCUCCCUGUAUUCCAUACUGGAUAUUUUAAGUUGACCAUCAGCAUUCUUCAAAUGAUAUGCAAGAAUUGUAGCAAAAUAUUGCUUCUUGAUGAGCAAAAGAAAAAUUUUGCAACUGCCCUUCAAAAGCCUGGUAUAUCAUCAUUGCAAAAGAAGGGGAUUUGGAAGAAAAUUCAAGAAAAGUGCAAAAAGACUCCUAGAUGUCAUAACUGUGCUGAAGUUAAUGGGACUGUAAAGAAGAUUGGACUACUCAAAAUUAUACAUGAAAAAUACAAAACAUCAAGAAAGGUUGUUGAUUCUUCAGUCACAGACUUCCAGGCAUCAUUUGAGGAAGCCAUUUCACACAAUAAGGAAAUAGCACCUUUAGCCAAUAAAGCUCAGGUCAUUUUGAACCCAUUGACUGUGCAAACUUUGUUCCAGUCUAUUCCAGAUGAGGACUGUCUGUUGCUUGGAAUGUCGCCUGAAGUCGGCAGGCCAGAGAAUUUGAUACUGACCAGGAUUCUUGUCCCGCCAUCUUGUAUUAGGCCAUCAGUUAUUUCUGAUUUGCAGGCCGGAAGUAACGAGGAUGAUAUCACUAUGAAGUUAACAGAGAUCAUAUUUUUAAACGAUGUUAUUCAAAAGCACAAAUCAACUGGAGCCAAAGUUAACAUGAUAAUGGAAGACUGGGAUUUCCUUCAACUGCAGUGUGCUUUGUACAUCAACAGCGAGUUGUCUGGCAUUCCAUUAAACAUGCAGCCGAAGAAACCAAUUCGUGGAUUUUGCCAGAGACUCAAAGGAAAACAAGGAAGGUUUAGAGGGAAUUUAUCUGGAAAAAGGGUCGAUUUUUCAGGAAGGACAGUCAUUUCUCCUGACCCAAACCUUAGAAUUGACCAAGUUGCGGUGCCUGUUCAUGUUGCCAAGGUGCUUACGUUUCCUGAGAAGGUCACAAAGGCAAAUAUAGCAUUAAUGAGAAAGCUGGUCAUCAACGGUGCAGAUACCCAUCCAGGUGCAAAUUUUGUUGAUCAAAAAAAAGAAAAUAUUAAAAGGUAUCUUAAAUAUGGCAAUCGAAGAGCAAUUGCUCAAGAACUCAAGUUUGGUGACAUAGUUGAGCGACAUUUGAUGGAUGGUGAUGUGGUUUUGUUCAACAGACAACCAUCUUUGCAUAAACUCAGUAUUAUGGCUCAUUUUGCAAAAGUGAUGCCCCAUCGAACAUUCCGCUUCAACGAAUGUGUAUGCACCCCUUAUAAUGCCGACUUUGAUGGCGAUGAAAUGAAUCUGCAUUUACCUCAAACACAAGAGGCAAAAGCGGAAGCCCUUAUGCUGAUGGGGGUAAAAGAAAAUAUAAUAACUCCUCGCAAUGGUGAACCCUUAAUUGCAGCUACUCAAGACUUUAUAACGGGUGGAUAUUUGGUCACGCAGAAAGACCUAUUUUUUGACAGGGCGCAGUUUUGUCAGCUAGCAUCUGUCAUAUUGGCUGGGAAGGACAAUACAAUCAGAGUCACAUUACCACCCCCUGCUAUCGUCAAGCCUGCACGUUUAUGGACUGGCAAACAACUGUACAGCUUAACAUUAAGGCCAAGUGAGGAUUCUCCAGUGAAGAUGAAUCUUAGAACCAAAGGAAAGUCCUACAGUGGUAACGAAGAGCUCUGCGUUAAUGACUCGUUUGUCGUAAUUCACAAUAGCGAACUUCUUGCCGGUGCCUUGGACAAAAGUGUAAUUGGAUCCGGUUCGAAAAACAGCGUUUUUUACGUACUUCUUAGGGAUUACGGUGCACAGGCCGCUGCAGAUGCUAUGUGGAGACUGGCAAGGCUUGCCCCAAGCUUUCUAAUGAACAGAGGAUUUUCAAUUGGAAUUGGAGAUGUUACUCCAGGAAAGGGGCUAGUAAGGGCAAAGAACAAGCUUCUACUUGAAGGGUACGCUAAAUGCGACAAAUUCAUUGUGGACUUUGAAAAUGGAAGAUUGCAGACUCAACCGGGUUGCACUGCGGAGGAGACGCUUGAGGCUGUCAUUCUGAAAGAGCUGUCCGUCAUCCGUGAGCAUUGUGGUAAAGCAUGCCUUAACGAGCUCCAUCGCUCUAACAGCCCUUUGACAAUGGCCGUGUGUGGCUCAAAAGGUUCAUUCAUCAAUAUAUCACAAAUGAUUGCAUGUGUAGGACAGCAAGCUAUUUCUGGAAAAAGAACUCCUGAUGGAUUUGAAGGCAGAUCUCUUCCCCAUUUUAAAAAACAUUCAAAAGUCCCUGCUGCUAAAGGAUUUGUCGAAAACAGCUUCUUUACGGGAAUGACUCCAACUGAGUUCUUCUUUCACACGAUGGCCGGCAGAGAAGGUCUUGUUGACACAGCUGUGAAAACCGCAGAGACAGGCUACAUGCAAAGACGCCUUGUCAAGUCUCUUGAAGAUUUGUCGUCACAAUACGACUGCACUGUGCGUACAUCUACAAACGAUAUAGUCCAGUUUAUAUAUGGGGAGGAUGGCCUAGAUCCUGCAGCCAUGGAAGGAAAAGACAAGCCUGUUGAUAUUCACCGGAUAUUUUCCCAUUGCAAGAGUAAAGAGGUCUUCCGGAAUGAGAAAGCGCUCUCUCCUUCAGAGAUUCAGACCGUUGUUGAGGACUUCCUUACUUCUAAAGAUAUGCAGUCAUGCGGAGGAGCAUUUGUUAAAGAACUUAGAGACUUCUUUAAUGUUGUGGCGGAAGGAGUAAAACGAACCAGACAGUGGCUUCAUAUAGACAAUACCCGGUAUUUCUCGAAUGAAGACCAAAAAGGAAAUGUUUUGUACCAGGUAGACCGAGUGACUGAGUCUCAGCUUAGAAAAGUCCUUCAGGUGUGUUUAGACAAAUACAUGCGAUCCAAAAUAGAACCUGGCUCAGCCGUUGGAGCUGUUUGUGCGCAGUCGAUUGGUGAGCCUGGCACUCAAAUGACACUCAAAACCUUUCAUUUUGCUGGUGUUGCUACCAUGAAUAUCACGCUUGGUGUACCACGCAUAAAAGAAAUCAUCAACGCAUCCAAGAACAUCAGUACCCCCAUCAUAGCUGCACCGCUUGAUGUUAGCAAUGAUAUUGAGGCUGCGAGAGUGGUGAAAGGGAGGAUUGAGAAGACAACAUUAGGCGAGAUAUGCGAGUACAUUGAAGAGUGCUUCCUUCCGGACUCGUGUUAUUUAUUAAUAAAAGUCGACUUAAAUCGUGUUCGACUAUUGAAGCUUGAAAUAGAUGCCUACUCGAUCAAAUUUGCUCUUUGUACUGCGCCAAAAUUGAAGAUCAAGCCACAGCAUGUAUCGGUUCAUGGCAAAGACAUUAUUACAUUGUACCCACAAGAAACAAACAAAAGCUCUAUGUAUUAUGUUAUGCAGUCACUGAAGGGAACACUUCCAUCCGUAUUGGUCAAGGGAUAUGCAAAUGUCAGUCGGGCAAUAGUGCAUGCCGAUGAAGCUAAAAAAGAAGCAGGGGAGACAUACAAGCUCCUUGUGGAAGGCGAUGACCUCAGAGCUGUUAUGGCAACACGAGCAACGUAAUCGCAAUUUUUCCCAACCGCAAAUUCAAAAGAAUGUUUUCAGUACUGGGAAAGAUGGUGACAUCAUAUGUUACUCUUGAAACUUUUGAAACUGGUGACAGCAGUCUUUGCUUCACUUGGAACAUUAUGUCAGAAUCAUGUUUUUCCUUGGUUUUUUUACUCAAUAAUGCCUCUACCAAAGAGCAACAGUUAACCAGACUAUAUACGGUGUCAGCGUAAAUUUUCGAUUUGUGUGCAACAGGAGCAAGCAACCUCGUUUUGCUGAUAAGCACACCGUUUUGUUACAAUCCGAUGGUGUCGUUUAAAGAAAGACCGACGCUUGGCAAUCGAUGGUUUCUGGAUAGUGUUUACCAGGCACUCUUCGAUAAUUGUUUCCAAUGCGUUCAUUUUUAUCGAUUUUAUUUUGCUUUUAAAGCCUCCUACCACCAUUCAUCAGUUCUAUCUUUACUGGCUACCCCUAAAUUUUCCAUAUGUUUGGGUGAACUGCCUUGAUUUCAAUAGACACAUCUUUGACCGACUUUUUACUUUACUUCAAAGCAGUUGUAAAAUUGUAUCUGUAUAAAUCUAUUAUAUUUAACUUUUUGCUGCCAGCUACCUGACUAACUUCCUGAUGGCCGUCAUCCAUUAGCAACAUACGACACAUCCCUUUGGGGACUUUUGCAGACAGGGCCAUCCAUUGUAAUCAGUUGAUAUGGGGUGGAUAUUUUAUUCAAAGAUUCAAAGCCCAAGUAUAUUUAUAAUCAUACGAUUAUCAGUUUCUCGUGGGCCAUAACUGUCUCGUUAUUUGAUUGGUAGACAUCAGAGUAAUGCCCAGUCGAUUUCUAGUAAAUUAGCAAAGCCGUUAGUCUAGAUCUAGAGAGUCGUUUGUACUGAAUGGCUAUAAGAUUGAGUUAUUGUAUGCAGUUUCUCAUGCAAUCUAAGAUGAUCAAUGAAGUUGUGCGUGUUGUACGUCGGAAAUGAACAAAAUUUGAUAAAAUAAAAUAACGACUUUGUACAAGAAAUGAAUAUUUGCUACGACGUUUCGAGCAUGACUCUUCAUCAGGAGUUAUGCUGGAAACGUUGUACCAAAUAUUCAUUUCUUUACAAAGUCGUUAUUUUAUUUUAUCAAAUUUUGUUCAACCUUAGAUGAUCCAUGAGACAGAGAUGAUAAAAUAAAACCGUUCCUGUGUUACUUAACAUAUAUUUUCUUCACAUCUGAAGUUGUUGUUUCUUAUCAAGUAUCAAAAACAGUUUAAUAUUUCAAGCAGCGAAAUGAAAAGAAAUUGUCUUCAGCUAAAAUUUUCCUAUUGAACAGAUUACAGCUGAUCAAGUAGUUUUUUCUCUUCUGAGUAUGAAUGAGUGUCUAUGCUAAGCCUGUUUGCCUACUUCUUGCUCUCUAGGCGACAAGAUAUCACAAUGAAUAGUUAAGUUUGAGUAUCAGUGUAGCACACGUGCACAGAACGCAUGUUAUAGGUACGUUCAAGUAUCGUUCGAACAAAUGCACUUCCGAUGUGAAUCGGUUGUCAUAUCUUGAGAUCAAUAGAGGAACAAGAUAUCGUCAGUUUUAUUACUAUUUCCUUUUGUUACUUGAGGCUUGCCCGUUACUAUUUCCUAAAUAAGGAAGACAAAAAAAACCUUCUCUUUCAUGAAGCCGCUAUUUUCAUAUUUUUUCCAUAACUUUUUAUUACGAGUAAAUGCUAUCUACACUUUACUUUGAUCGGCUUAGAUGUAAGCCCGAGGAUUCUUUUUCCAAGAAUUUAGUUCCGCUUAAAGUAUUUGGAUUAAUCGAACAAAAUAUUAACGAUAAGUCUAUAGAAGGCGAUAGUCAACCUAUGAUGGAGUUGAUCUUCCCUCUGGUGUAGAUUGUCGAACAACUUGAGCUAUGGUAUAAAGAUAUUUGAAAAUUUUCAGCGAUAUAUAUACUCCAAUUUGAUCGAAUCUUUAGUCUUACUUCUUGAUACUUUCUUCAGUUUAUGUUGCAUCGUAAUUUUAUUUUACACAACGUCAUUUUGUUCACUUAAUUUCUUCAUUAACCUUGAGUAUCAAUCAUUAUGUGUAAGAAGGAGCGAACGCAGGGUAGGCCACCCGCCGGAUUCUAUGAAUCUUGCGGAUUCAUGCGUCCGCCGGAUUCUACGAAAAAGAGUCAGGAACAAAGCAAUAAGACGACGAGAAUCAAUGUGAUUAGUUUGUUCCUGACUCUCUUUUGUAUAAAUCAUUAUUUAAUCAUGUGAUGGACCGAGCUCACUCAUAGCAAGUACUUAGUUACCACCCUCUUUUUUGGUUAUGGAAAACGUAUCCCACGUGCUCCUUUGCCUAUGUGCCUUGGGUAUUUACCUUAGUAUAGGACUGCUAUACAACCUUCCUCUUUCUUGUAGAGUUCCACUAUCAGUUUAAAACCCACGCGAUCCGCUCAAUGAACGUGAGGCUUCUUAAGUCAAGUGAAUUCUCGUAAACAAACCAGAGUUUUAAUCGAAUUGAAUGAAACGUGGUUGUCGAAACCAAGAGCUGUGAUUAGUAUACAGAAUAUAAUCGGAUCGUCUCAUUUUUGAACCCGGCUGCAAAAUAGGCCUGCAUACAAGAUGUCGGCGCUGAAAGGCCAAUAAUGUAGCCUGAGAAUUCCCCACCACGCAACGAACAUUAUCGUUAGGGUGAUGUGAUCUGCUCUAUAGUUUUUGUAAACCUUCUUUUGUCCAUCAGAAUAAUCUAAAUGAUCUAUUAGACAGUUAUGACUGCUAACCCUACAACAUUAAAUUGGGAAGGAGGAAACCGGUGUUGAUUCUUUCAUUGGGGCUCCUAAAAGUUACCUGGUGUUGCAUGAGCGUUGAAAUUAGGAGUUGCAAGUUGCAACGUACAACAUAAAAAUGUGAAUCUAAAAAAAUUGAAUUCGUUUGGACAUGUCUAAAAGAUUGCCAAGCACUUGUGAGUUUUCCGUUUUUAGGCAAAAACUUCUUUUGCAGAUUUUGCUAUUAUUUAUAAACAAAUUGUAAAAUCCCCAAUGCUUUUAUAGCUAUGAUUCAAAAGUUUAAGUGUUAUUCAACUUUUAACCCCAUUUUUGGAUAGAUGGGCCUAGAUUGUUUGAAAAACGACUGCUCAUAUCUGAAAAAGGUUCUGUUGCAAACCCGAAUAGCUCAACAAAACAUUUGUCCCAAAAUGUUUUGUUGAGCAUUUUAUGACAGUCCAGUAAAACAAUAAUUUUAUUGAAAGUUAAAUCAUAUAUUUUAAUGUAACCUCAAUUUUUUCAUUUCGUUUCCCGUGACUGAACAAUGCACUUGAUCGUGGUUUUGCAAAAAAAAACCCACCGUAUUGUGUUUGUCACUGUAAGCUAUCAAACAAAAUCUAUCUGUGAAAUUAUAAGCACUGGGAAAUUGCAGGAAGAAUAAAUUGCAGCUCUGAAACUGCGCAGCUUUCUAGAGCUUUUGAAGCCGCAAAAGUUUGGUGUAAAGCCCUUUCUUUGCUCUUCUACGUUGCAAUCCUUUCUACGGAUGUAUGUUAAAAAUUCAGAAGCAGAUUCGUUUUAAAUUGUUCCAAGCUUCUUUCUGACAAUUUUUAUUGCUCAACAAAUGUAACUUAAAGCUAAAUUUAACACUCAAAUCACUUCAAUUAAGUUUUAAACAUACCCCUAAGAAUUAACAUUACUACCAAUCAUUUGCCUCUAAACUUUGCACCACUCCUCUUUUUUGGUUUAGCUAAUCUUUAUAGAUAUAUCUAAACAUCAUAGUGCAAUGUAACUUAAUGUCGCUGAUCCAAAGCUCUCACUGCGCUUGCUAAAUUCUUGCUUGUAGGCCUUGUCUCGGAUUUUUUACGAUCACCCCAAUAAGAAAGUCCUCAGAUGAUUCCAUUAGCUCGCUGGAUUUUAACUCGCUCAGUCUCGCAGUAAGCUAAUGCACAGAUCAUUAUAGAAGUAACGGUUCGAGGGAUUAAUUUCGCAGCCAUUCCUGGCUGCCCGCACCCCUCCCUCUCCCCAUUAUCAUUAAGUAGACAUUAAAUUUGAAGUAAAGCAAAAAUUAAUUCAUACACUAAAAUGUUUCUUGUAGCACUAGCAUAAACUACCAAACUAGUUAAAUUUAUCUUGUUUUUCAUCCUUCUCUAUCAAUGUUUUUAUAUUCCUCUAAAACAUUUAGUGUCUAGUAAUGUAUUCAUAUAUUAAAAACUGUACCGGAAUUUUGUGCACAUUUUAUUCAUACACUAAAAAGUUUCAUGUAACGCCAGCAAAUACCACCAAGCUAGUUAACCGUAUCUUGUUCCCACCUUUUCUCUACUAAUCUUUCAUUUUCCUCUAACACAUAAAUGUUAAGAAUUGUAGUUAAAGUACUACAUUUAAGAAUUGUAGCUAAAGUACUAAAAACUAUACAAAAUUUGUGCACAUUUUAUUUCAUGCUUUUGUAAUUUUGUAUUCAAACAGUAGCCCCUAAACAUUUCGUUCUAAACCAGAUAUCUCUAUGGAACGACCCACUCAAAAUCUUGGCAUGGCCUUUAGUAGGCUACAGUUUCAUUAUUACUUGUUAAAGUCAAUGGGUAGUCAUGCCAACCAUGCCCCCAAUGUCAACCUAACUGUAACUUUGUUCUUGUUAAAUUGUACUUUUUUAAAUUGUGUAAAAAAAUCAACUGAAGCCCACGAAUUAUUAUAAUUUUCGCACAGCUUUUGCUACCACGUAGGUGUAUCAACCUUUUAUUCUCGUACUAUAUCGCUUUAUAUAGCCAUUACCCGGAAAUAUUCUGCAAGCUCUUAGAUUCAGAGAAUAAAGGGUUUUUGGGAGUCCCUUCGUUAUUUUUACCUUUCGACAAGUGGACUUCUUAUGGUGACACCGUCGGUGGUUAGUGCAAUUGAAAGAACGAUACCGCCCACCUUUUUUUCUUUUUAUCUACGCCAAUUCUAAUCGUCUUAAAAUGACAUAAAAUGGAGAAAACGAAGCCAAGAUUUCAUUUCCAAGCUAAAGAGCUCAAGCUAACCAUACGAAUUGCAGAGAAGACACAGUAAAAAACUCAAGAAGACAUGGCAGACAUUGCAUUCGUCCUAACGGUAUGUAUUUCUGAGCAGUGCGAUGAUGAAUGGUUUAUAAAAGGCUACAUUUUAUAAAGGCUCAUACCCAUGAAGGCAAUAACCAGUUUUAAACUUAACGAGCCAUUUAAUAAAUCAUAAGUGCCCGAUUUUAGUGGUUUAUAUUAUGACUUGCAGUAGCACUUCCUUGUUAGAGCGAUAUAAGAUGCGAUUUAAUUUAAAAACUGUAUAGCCAUAUCGGGCCGAGUGGUGAUCCUAUACAAGUAAUUCUAUUCAUAGAUUCGCAUCUACCAUACAAGCAUAUAUCCAUAUUCAUUUACGUAAAAUUAUUCCGAUUAUUCCCUAGAUGGUACUCUUCGUUGUACUGACUCUUGGCGAGACCGUACCGUUGGGCUGUCCCAACCCUGCAAGUGCUGCAAAAGCUCUAGACCACAUCACAUCAAAUGAUUACAUGGUUGUUAAGGAGCAAUAUUCUGAAACUAGGAUUUCAUAUUCACCGUUCAAUUUUGUCAUGUGUGGACCAUGCAGUUAUAGAUUUGUUGAAACAGAGAAAAAUGCUCAACAGAUACCACAAAGCCUUGUCACAGCACAAUGCCUAGAUAUAUAUGGAAAAUGUGAUCGAAGGUGCCAGCCUAUUGUGUUCUAUGUUCCAGUGUUGCGAAAAUCAGUCUCCUGCAAUAGCAAAAUUGGAAUGCAAGAUUGGAAGCUAAAUCGUGUUCCAGUAGUAAUCGGAUACCAUAUGCGCUGAGGAAUCACAACUAGUGACAAUCAAGGAAAAUAGAAGAAACUAUAAGAACUAAUUAAGUAGUUAGUAAAUAGUUGUUAGAAAUUCUUGUGAUAAUGAAUCGCGGUGAGCUUUCAAAAGUAUGGUGGCUUUGGGCUUUGGCUCAAGCAAUACUGAAUUGCUCUUCGAUCCAGCAUGUUUUUCAGUGAAUAUAACAUUAGCUAAGGUUAACAUUUUUGAAGUUAGGAUUGAUUGGUUACCUAAAGCAUUUCGUUUACCUUCGGGGUUUGAUUUCUUUAAAUUCCCAGACGCUAGGAAGGAUUUAAAUGUAAAGAAAAAAAACGGUGACAAAAAGCUGGCGUGCAGGGUUGUCUUAUAUGGAAUGAACCUUGUUUUGUUUACAAUUUCUAAUUUAGAAUACACUUCAUUUCUAAAAAUCCAACCAGCCACUAAGCAGCAAACCAACAUUUCAAGAGCAAAUGUUAAGAAGAACCAGGCAUUGCGGGCAUUGCUUGACAUAUGAAAAACCAUUUUUAAUUACUUCUGUAUAAUCAAAUGUUACUAAAAAUGCACAAGAAUGUUAUUGUCUUAGCAUAUAAAGAUGGUAUUAGUUUGAUCUCCAUAAUUUAUAUAAAUUGUUAGUAUGAAAUAUUAAAUUAACGGGUUUUUUGUGGAGCUGGAUCUCUGCUGUAUAAUGGGGAAGGAGUUAUUGUUAGCUUUUGUAGAUGCUCAUUCUGUCUUGAAAAUGAGAUUUGAAAUAGUGCUAAAAUCUUCUUAAUUUGUUGCAUCCUGAUCAUAUCUUUGUGUCAAAUGAUUUGUCACAUUCUGCAAAUGAUUUGUGACAUUCUGCAAAUUAUUUGUGCCGUUGUUUAAAUGAUUUACACCGUUCUAUAGCUUCUCCUCCCAAGUGUCUCCCGUCCCUUAGAAAUGGGAAAGUCUUGUCAACCAGGUAAUGACCACCACCAAAGGACGAGAUUCGCUUCGAUCAUGCUUUGCGUGGACAAGAUCGGGAAGAACUUCGAUGUUUAAUUUUGUUUUUAAAAGCACGGUUGUUUGAAAGUGAAUCAUCUUAGGUCUGAGCUGUUAGAACUGUUAGAAGUGAGCUGUUAGAAGUGAGUUGUCAAGUUUAUGUUUUGUUUCGUCAGUUUGUGUUCUCUGAAGGACGUUAAGCGCAUAGUAUGUUCUGUUGAUAAUAUCAGUGUAGUUGUCCAGAAUAUUCACGUAAUUACGAAUGUUUUUAAAUGAAAUGUUGGAGAGAUCAGUGAUCACACAAAGUAUCAAAGCAAACAUGGACAAAGUAUCAAUGCAAUUCUUUGUGAAAUCAAUGCAGUUGUCAAGUAGUUUAAUGCAUUUUUCGAGAAUAUUAAUGCGAAUAUGUAUGAAGAUGAUAUUAUCUAUACAGAUGCGAAGAAUUUCAAUGCAUUUGUCAAGAAAGUUCAGGCAGUUGUCAAGAUUAUCUAUAAUGCUUUCUAGAAUAUCAAUGCAGCUGUAAAGAACUUUGAUGACUUUACAGUUCAAUAUAAAGGCAGAGUAUCGAAGCGUUUCUCUAUGAAAUUAUCUAGUUGUCUAGAGUAUAAUUGCAGUUGACGAGAAUAUCAACGAAUUUUUCAGAAUGUAAUAGCUAGUAUCAAGGCAUUUGUCAUGAAUAUCAAUUCAGUUGCUGAGAGUAUCGAAGCAGUAUUCGAUGAAAUUAUUGGGCUGUCGAGAGAAUAAGUGCAGAGUUUUCAAGAAUAUUUGAAGUUUUCAAGAAUAUCAAAGUUUAGAAUAUAACUGCAGUUGACGAGAAUAUCAAUGGAUUUUCCGAAAAUAUCGUGAAAUUUUUAAGAGUAUCAAAGCUGCUGUUUAGAAUAUAGCUGCAGUUGUCGACAAUAUCGACGAAGUUUUCAAGAAUAUUAGAGACGUUUCCAAGAAUAUCAAUGAAGUUGAUAUAAAUACCAAAGCUCCUGUUUAGAUUAUAACUCGGUUGACGAGAAUAUCAACGAAGUUUUCAAGGAUACAAGCAAAGUUUUCAAAAGUAUCAGCGAAGUUUCCAGGAAUGUCAACGAAGUUGUUAAGAAUAUCAAGGCUGCUGUUUAGAAUAUAACUGCAGUUGUCGAGAGUAUCAACGAAAUUUUAAAGAAUUUAAGCGAAGUUUUCAAGAAUAUCAUGAAGUUGAUUCGAGUAUCGAAGCAGUGCUUCAUGUUUAGAACAUCAGCCUUCGGUAGUUGUGGGUCGCUUGGUCACCAAAGGUAACCAGAACAGUCAUUAACACAUAAUUAGGGGUGCUAACUAUUCCACCUUUCAAAUAUUAAAGAUCUGCAAACCUCGAAAUUAGAUAUUUCAAUAAAAAAUAAAACUAUUUUUGAGCAAAAUAACAAGUCAUAAUGCGCAAUAGAAAAAUGCAUAUUUUCCUUGGUUUUUGAAAAUGAACUAGAAACAACCGAUGAUAUCGUAGGAGUCAUGACGCACAGAUAACGGAUUUCGAAAGUAUGAUAUGUUGCGAAGUUUUUUCCUGGGAGGUGCUCGGUAGAAACGUUGUCUGCGUGCAUAUUUUACUCUAUUCAAGAAGUAUCAAGAUCUUUUGAAAAUUAGUUGUUACUUUUCACCUUGCUUAGACUGAGCACUAUAUUCUGGACCAUGGACAUAGAAACAUAACUCCUAUUGGAAGUGUAGGGUGUUCUUUGAAGAGUUGCGUCGAGAAUUACCACUUGAAUCGACCAAGAACCCUGUAAAUUAGGCCAGGUAUCCCUUUUUUAUUAAUCCCCUCCUUUGGAUGAAUGGAUAAUAGUAACCCUUCCUCUACCUAUAGAGGAACUGACAACAGACACCCUCCUCCAAUCUUUGAGGCCAACCCUUUCUUUUGGGGUAAUUUAAUGAAUAUAUAUAUUCGUAGUGGUAUAUUUGGAUCAUUUGAGCAUCACCCCCUAUUGAGCAUGGGAUUUUAUUAUUUUGAAACAAUAGAAUGACAAUUUACAUAUCGAUUUAAGACGUUUCAAAACCUAGCUUCGGAAAGAACGUAGGAGGCUACAGCCGUUGGUUGCCCAAUUGCUGCGCGGCCACUGCUGCUGAACAAACUCUUCUUGAUUUAACCAGGUCGAUUUGAUUUUUUUACACAUGUUUUCACAUAAGCAUUAAAAUCCUUUGCUGAUUCAGGCCUUUGAAACAGAGGUAACCAACUUGACCGGACUGGCCACACAGAUUCCAACUCAGACAUUGUCCCAAUUUGUAAGGUCGUUCUCUCUCAAUGACUUUCUUAGAAUAAGCUAAUGCUGUAAUAAGAGACCGUAAUCUAUCCCUGGCUCUACACAAUACCUUUCAGAUUUUCUAGUUGACUGCACCCUGCUCUUUAGAAACUAUGUAAUUACGCCGGUGUCUGUUAGCCUAGCAGAUAUUCCUCAAGAAACUGCAGGGUUGUUCUCUAGGAGAGAGUUUACAACGCUAUAAAAGAACUUGCCAAACAUGGAUCCACCACACGUUUUCAGUAAGAAUACAAGGAAAGGAGUUAAAUCUAAAUCACUGAAUUUUGACGUUUUGUUUGCUGUCAAAUAAAGAUGUGGAAAGAAACAGUUCAAAAGAUAGCAUUUUUGGUAAGCUUUACUCUUUUUCAAUGAAAUAAAAACAAGAGAUUAUAUUGCCUUUUUUCGAGAUGAAUACUACGUUAUGUGACCGCUGUAUCGUUUUACUCUUUUAACGAAACUUUUCGCUUUUGUAGGUUCUUGCUUUGUUUGCCAUUUGCCUAAACGCUGCGCCAACUAGAUGUAUGGAGCCUUCCGAUGUCGCUGCCGCCAUGAAGCUUCUUGCGGUUGUGAUCCCGAACUAUGGCGAAGCACAACUAGAAAGCCAAAAUGCAGACGCAUCUCCAUUCGAUACUUUUAUCGCUGAUCCUUGCAAAUUUGAAUUUAAGCAAACAGAGGUCAAUCCUGACGUAAUACCACAAAGUCUAGUCUAUGCAGAAUGCAAGAGCUGCACAAUCUGGCGUUGUGUGCCAAUAAAAUAUUUGAUACCUAUAUUGGAGAAAAGUAAGCUGUGCAAUGGGAUGAAGACAUGGAAAUUGAGCUAUAGAUCUGUGACUGUUGGUUUUCGACGAAGGUUUUAAUGGACAUUAGCGUUAAUAGACGAUGAUAUUUAAAAUGUUGUUGAGAUCAAUCAUGCAUAUAUCAACUGUAAGUAAAUUAUAAACAAAGUGAAAUGUAUAUUAAAUGUACAACUAGGAUAAAAGGUUCACAAUUAAUGAAGUAUGUAAAAAAUAAGUUCUUUCGAAAUUCAUCUUAGAAAUUCCAAAUUUGUUAUGUAUAUAGAAUGUAUUUGAAGAUAAUUGUGUUUAGAAAUGUUUACGAUUAUAAUAUAUGUAUCGUUAUAUCAUAUUUUAUUUUCUUAUAAGACUUCUACUCCACACUUAUAAAUAUAAGGCUAAAUAUAAAAAUACUGUAUGCUUGUGCAGCCCUAUAAGGUCCAUUUAAUGAAAAAUUUUAAGAUUCUGAGGCUUGCACCUAAGUCUAAGAAAGCUUUUUAAAUUUUUUCGUGUUUUAUAUUUGAACAUUUUUACUUUGUACAAUUGUGAUCACGCAAAGAAAAGGAAUCUUUAAUUUUUGCAGCAGAAAUGUGCGGAAGGAGGAAACUGUGCUGUUUAAUACUUGAUAUGUGAUAAAUAAUGUAUAUAUAUGAUAAAUAGUGAGAAAAUAUAAAAAUUUUGGAAGAUAAUAUGAUGAAUAAUAUGAUAUUUUAAAGCUUCGGAUCCAGUGUACAGAGCAGCUGUUGUUUGGGCAGCAAAAUGAUAAGUACACUAAUGCCUUCUUGGGUUUAAUGUAAAUAAGAUUGAUAAAAAAGACGAAAGUUACAUUAAGUUAGUCAAGGGAAUAUUGGGUACAGCACUGUUAUCCCCAACCUGUGGUUUCUGGCAGACAUAGCGGGCAAACCCAUAACUAUUGUCGAAACACAGUCCAAGUGGCAAAUUAUUGCAUCCAAAAGGGCAAGCCAGUCUGUGAUACCUUGUCCACCUUCUGUGGAAAUCACAUUGUUUUAUCUGGAAAUCACCAAGAGCUCCUUUAUUUCGGUGAACUUUUUGUUGAAUAAGAUCAAUCUCAUUUUAUUCUGUGGACGAUCAUUAAGGCAUAAUUUCGUUUCGACUUUUUCGUUUUACAAUAUAUUGGUGUAAAGGGAAUUUUUAUUGAUAAAUACAGAUAUUGCCAUGUUACGUACAUGCAUGUUAUACGUUUAUUUAUGGUUUACGACAGGAACAUCAUAAUGAAGAAAGAGAGAAGAGGAGUUGUUGUUACCUUAAAUAAACCAAAAGAAAAGUACGAGAAACAAUUUAAAAGAAGGGUGCAAUAAACAAAAUGGACGGGGAUUUAAUGUAUUCUCUGAUGUAAUGAAACUAGUGGAAACCAACCAGACCAGUAUUCUAAGAGUAGGGUAAAAUCAUUCUGCGAUGGAGGGACAUCGUUUCUGACAAAAGUCCAAUUUUAGAAGUUCUUGGCUUCAAAGACCCUAAAUCAGAGGCAGUAUCAAUUCCUUCCAUGUCAAUGUUGAUUCUACAAUGUUUUUUCGAAUAACUUUCCAUGCUCUUUCGAUCGCUGCUCUACAAUUAGCGCCAGUUUUUUUUUUAAAAAACAUCUCUCUUCUAGGAUGGAUGCUUAUCAUGCCCAAGCACCUUUGUAAGAAUUUUCCAUUGAAUGUGGCUAGCAUAAGGCAUUGGUCCCUUGCAUUCGCUUGGCGUGAAGCCUAAUUAAUAGAAAAUACGUAAUCCAAACGAAGAAUCACUUGUUUACAAAGAGCAUCAAAAAAUGAAUCCUCCCCUCCCCCUGUCCCCUCCCCAAUUGGAACCCAGUUUUCAACGGUGGAAGCGGGCCCUUCUGCCCCUUUGCCACACAAAGCUGGACAAAUGGUUUUGUAUAUUAAAUUCAAAACAUCGGUGGUAUGUUAUCUCAAUUGUCUCAUCGCUUCUCCGAUUGUCUUAAAACUUCUUCAUUGUUAAACGUAAAUCUGCAUUCGAAUUACGUAAUGAGUUACGAAACUGUGGUGUAAUCAUUAGAGCUUUCAGUCAACCCGGCCCAUUACAUCAUUGAGAUGAGAGCAUACUUCAAGAACUCUAGGAAGUGGAUUGCAGUAUCACUUGACGAAUUCCUGCAAAGAUAAUUGUUAUGAUGGAAGUCUUUUCAUGCAGUUUCUGAAGGUUUGUGAUCUUCUAGAAGCGGUGUGUUAAUUUUCUGUACUGGAUUACCAUUAGACUAAAAAUAGAAUCAAGCGCUAGUGGAAUAUAAAUAAGGGUGCACGUUAGAUUCUCGAUAAAUUUGUUUUCAGUUUACUGCUGCAUGGUCAUUUGAUUUUCGAACAGCCGCAAAACAUUUUCAUGGAAUCCACUAUUGGAUUCUUCGUAUUUUUAUGCUUAGUUUUGGUAAGUAAACUUUUGUAUCUCGUCUCGAAAUUAUUUUCGGAUUCUUCUAACUUGGAGGCAGCCUGUAUUUUUGAAAUUUUGAUCGAUUUCUAAUAUCAAACUGCUAAUAUUUUUAAAGUCAACUGUAGUGAUUGUCAGUAAAACUAAGUUCUAAUUUUGUUUCUUUCAGCUACUGCAAUUGGCCAGCAACAUAUGUGAAGGCGCACCUGUUAGAGAAAACGAAACAUCUAAAGCAUUGGAAAUCAUUAAGGCUGAUUAUAUGAUUGUGGAUAGGAAUGUUAGAGCUUUUAAAUUGAGGCAGUCAGUUGUGGAAGCAACCGGGACAGUCUUUGGUGAUCUUUGCAAAUAUGAGUUUGUUGAAACUGAAAAAAACAGAAGGCAAAUCCCACAAACCUUGCAAACAGCAAAGUGUGUGAAGGGUUUAGAUGGAAAAUGUGAUCGGCGAUGUCGCCCAAUUUUCUAUAUGUUCUUGGUUUUAAGGAGACAGAGAGAGCGCAGUAGCUUGUUGAAAAUGAGGACAUGGGUCGUGAAAAGGGUCCCGAUUAUUAUUGGUUAUCGAAUGCUGUGAGCAGCAACUGCUGAUAAACAAACAAAGUAACAACAGAGAAACAAGCAAACAAACAAACAAGAAUUGGAUGCAAUCUUCAAGAACUGUGUAUGGGGUAGCGCCCCCUACACUUUUCGCCGCAGAAGUCUUUGGAAAAAUGUAUAUAAGCAGUAAAUAUAGAAUUUUUAAUAUUAUUUAUUGAUAGAAAGAGUGGACAUUUGAUGACUUUUGAUAUUAUGAAAAAAGGAUUUUUGAAUGUUGUUGUAAAAAUUAUUUAUGUAAUGGCUCUUAGCCACUGUUAAUAAUCAUGGAAGCAUCUGCAGCGAAACUCUAUUUAUGAAUAAAUAUUUGAUAUAUGAAAGGUAAAAUAUACGUAAUAAUAUGUUUUUGAAGUAAUUAAAUUGUAUUAAGAAAAAAGAAUGAAAAUGAAAUUUGAAAAGGAACUGCA